AUGUAUCAACGAUUGGUGUUAGUAUUUUCUUUCCUGUGGAUUAUUGACAAAAACUCUUGUGCUUCCGGCGACGGAUGUUUUGGACUUUUUGAAAAGCUUAAGUGGAACAGAACAUUCAGUUUUAACAACAAAGUUUUAACACUCAGACUUGAAGUCACCAAUAAUCCAGAACAUUGGGUUGUAAAUUAUCUGUUUGAGAUCUUAGCUCGGGAGAGAUUAGGAUACACUAAAAUAGAGCUUGUUCUAAUCGAAGAUAGUCGUGCUAUUUCCAGAAUAAUUCAAUCAUCAUGUCUUAAGUUACCUGAAAUUCACCUUAACUUACUGCUGUGGUUACCACUUGGUGGGAAUGUCAAAUUCUGGGCAAAACCUUCUUCUGUUACCGACCAUGGGCCUCUUGGGCCGAUUCGUUCUUGGAAACUUCUAACACAAUCCUGUUACAACAAAUCACAUCUCAGAGGAAAUCCUAACUAUACUUCCCUUAAAUAUGAUUGUAGCUCAACUGUUGACACCGUUAGUCAAAACUACUCAGGUUAUCAACCGGAGAGUGUACAGAAUUCAGAUUUACUCAAUAAUCAUAGCUUACUCUCUGGGAAGUCAGUAACUAUUUUGGAUUUUGAAUUAAAUUCAACAUGUUUACGGUAUAAUUCUUAUAGUAUUCCUCCACCCCCUUUGUGCAGUACUGAUACAAAAUCUACCUCAACAAAUAGUUAUCAAUAUUGUUACACUGAAUCUUACCAAGCUGUUAAAGUGACAUGGGCUAAAUUACGAACGGCAGCUCCACAAAUUUUUCAACUUGCAUCUAAAAUGUAUAUGUCUCAUGAUGAAUUGGGCGAAUUGGUGCACUCAGCCUUACUCGACUCAAAUAUAGGUCGUCAGUCAACAUAUAAACAAGUUGCAUGUCGCUGGCUUCGUCAGAAUCCGACUAAAUGGAAAAGUUGGACAGUUGAUUGGGACAAAAAACUAAACUUGACAGUGGCUGGUCUGUUCAGUAUGUAUGGGAAAUGGGUGCUGUAUGGUCUUGAUCGAGUGGCUCAAGAAGCUGUGAACUUUGUCAACGCCGACUCAGAUUAUUUUCGCAAUUCUGAAUAUGCAUUAAGUUUGGAUGUACGUAAUUUAACAUGUGAACCUGACGUCGUGUUAAGUGAUUAUUUUGAAGUGUUGGAGAAUGCUGUCAAUACUCGACUAAUUGGUUCUAUCGCUGCUCUAUGCUCAGACUCUAUAGAGGCUGUAGUUGAAUUAGCAAAUAUUCGCAAACAGAUUAUUGUCAGUCCAACAGUAGGUAGUGCACGUUUUCUAGAACAACAACAAUAUCAUUACUUCUUUCGUACAGUACCAUCAAUGACUUUGGCUAAUUUUAUACUACUUCGGUUAUUUCUAGUAUGGGGUUGGCAUCGGAUAGUUGUAUUUCGUAAAUCGGAUCAUUUUUUUUGA